GCAGACUGCUAAAGGCAUGGGCAUGGCAGCUGGUAAACCAUUACAUGAACUGGCUGAGGAUUUAUUGUGUUCAGUUUGUCUGGAUUUAUUUGAAGAGGCUGUAAUACUGGAAUGUGGACACAGUUUUUGUAAAUCCUGCAUAGAUAAAGCCUGGGACAGUGAGAAAAUGCCCUCCUGUCCUGAAUGCAGAGAGGUAUUCUCAUCUAAAAAGUACACAGUGAACAGGCAGUUAUGCAAAAUUGUAGAGAGCAGUCAGAGGUCACAGCAGUAUGAAAAAGAAGAAAUACUAAAUCAGGAGCAAAAAAGUCAUAACCUACCUGUGUCACACGAGUGCACAGAGCACAAAGAGGCAUUGAAAGUGUUUUGUCAAGACGAUGGAUGUCUUGUAUGUGUCAUGUGUGUGAUAUCAUCUAAACAUAAAGGGCACACAUUCCUACCGAUACCGGAAGCUACCAGCAUGUUUCAGGACAAGAUGAAAAAUACCGUGUCUUCUCUAGAAGUGAAAAUGAAACGUCUCAAAGAGUCUCAAAACAAGCAGGAGGAGAAUAUCUCUGGUAUCAAGGAUGAAGCACAGAGCUUGGAACAACACAUUACAUCAGAAUUUGAUAAGCUGCGACAAUUUCUCCAGGACAAGGAACAACAGCUAAUCCAACAGCUCAAAGAGGAAGCUGCAGGAAUUCUGGGAAAUAUGACAAAAAACUUAGAAAAAAUUGAAGAAAUGAAAGAGGCUAUUCAGAGCUAUAAAUCCAUCAUUGAAUCAACAUUGCAGCAGGAAGACUCUGUACUUUUUCUCAAAGGCAUCACAGAUGAAAUACAACGCAUCAUAAAAGGACUAGAAGAGGAAGAGAUGAAAGAAAAAACAAAGAAUGAGACGAAAGGUGUAUUUAAUGCUGAACUGGUUUCUGGCAGCCUAAGUCUUGGGGUACACAGAGGCCCCCUGCAGUACAGAAUUUGGAAAGAAAUGCUGUCUGUCAUCAACACAGGCCUGUCUCAUCUGACCUUGGACCCUAACACAGCACAUCCUGGGCUCACUCUCUCUAAGGACCUUACCAGUGUGACACAUCGCAGUAUUAAACUACAGCUGUCAGACAACCCUAAAAGAUAUGAUUCACAUCUCUGUGUGCUGGGAUCACAGGGCUUCACAUCAGGAAGGCAUUACUGGGAAGUGGAGGUGGGGUGCAAGACUUUCUGUGAUUUAGGUGUUACCAAAGAGUCCAGCAACAGGAAGGGGAUAGUUGGAAUGGAUCCAAAGGAUGGAUACUGGGUAAUAAAUCCAUUGACCAAGAUCUACUGGUCUCUGGAUUUGUCACACCAGCUUCUUGAUCCAAAUGUGAAACCAGAAAAGAUUGGAGUGUACCUGGACUAUGAGGGAGGUCAGUUGUCAUUUUACAAUGCAGAUAACAUGUCCCACAUCUACACCUUUACUGAUACUUUCACAGAGAGACUUUACCCUUAUUUUUGUAUUGGUUUUUAUUCAGAAUCACUAAAUCUAUUUCAACUAAAACUGUAAUGAUGAUUUGCAGAUACCAAUGUUAAUGGCAAGGAAAUUAUUGAUGUAUCCAAAUGUCUAUAAAAUACAUUUUAGUCACUGUAUAACAAAGUAAAAACAUACCUAUUUCAGAACUUUUAUAAUGGGGUCAAACACAGUAGAAGUAUAUUUAAAAGUGAAAGAUAUUAAUGGAUACAUUAAUUCAUUGCACUGCACUCCACUUGUAAUACAUAAGUCUUAUUUACUCCAGGUGGGAAGGGGGUGCUUAAACAACAUAUUUGCAUGACUCCUAAUAGUAAAUCGCAUUCCCUCCAAGGAAAAGGUUGAACAUUAUAUACAUCAUACAUAGGGAGCUUAUUCCUGCCAAAAAGUCACAUGGUCAAAGUCAUGGUGCUUACUUAAGUCAUACAUAUGGCAAUGUCUGCUUGUGGAGCCAAUUGUUUGGGAAAAGCAUCAUGGUUAGACUUAUAUGAGAGCAUUUACAAGAUGUACAUAAGAAAGGAAGUAAAGACUGAUUGCCAGGACAUACACAGUCACAAAUUUCUACUCAGUACUCACUGGCAGCUUUGGAAAGUUGAAACUGUAGUACUUUACCUAGACAUCAGUUAGAAUUUGCUCUGAAUUUUCUCCAACAUUCUAGACUUUUAGAUUUGAUGAAAAGCUACAACCUCCUGCUUAAUGAACUAUUUGCUAAAUGUUAUUGCUGCAAAAUAUUAUACUUGUUUAUUCAGCUUAAGACGAAUGUCUUAUAACCUCUGUUAACUACGUUUUGAUUAUCAAGAACUUCAUUACCUGUUGCAUCUUAUGAGUAA